AUGGGGGGUGGUGGUGAAGGUGGCGGUGAUGGUGGAAGUGCUGGUGGGACUGGUAGUGGGGGUUGCGGUGGCAAUGAGAGUGGUGUUGUUGCUACUGGGUGUGGUGGUGAUGGCGGUUGUGGUGGCAGAAGUGAUAGCCACGAUAAGAUGGUUGUAGUAGAAAUUGUGAAUAUCUUGAGAAUAAAAAUAAUAUAUCUCUCAAAAUCUCUAGGAUGA